UGGUAUAGAGAAAAAAAAGCCUAGACUUUGAGUUUUUUUUGCAACUUGCAAAUUUGCAAAAGCUUCCAAACACAUUUUAUCAUAUAAUUUUGGGUCUAAAAUAUCAGACGCCUCUUUUGACUCCUUUCCUCAGUUUCUCUCUCUUUCUCUUUCUCUCUCUAAAUGGGAAACUCCGUCACCGUUAGCUAACGGUGUGAGUGUUUAAAACGGCGGUCUUAGCUGGUGCCGUGCGGGUCUGUCUGUCUUCCUCAACCCCAAUUUACUCCGUCUAUUUAAACUGACUCCGUUACACAUUCUCACUCUUUCUCUUUCUCUCUCUCUCUCUCUCCCCAAAAAUGUGGAUCGAUUGCGAAAUUCUCAGUUCCUGUGGAUUCGAAGCCUCGCUUUACAGAUAUUUAGGAGGUGUUUCUGUUGAUCUGUGGAUUGAAUGAUGAGCCAAUGGUGUUUGCAGGUGUCAGUUCGAUAUGUUAAGAUGGUUGUGAGGUGAUUUGAUUGUGGGUGGGUUUGGAGAUUAGGCCUCCAAGCGAAAAGUUUGUGGAAAUAAAGGAUGGGGGAAGCUCUCAUCACAACCUUAACGAUGGACAAUCAUCAACUCUCAACACUUCUGUCAAUGGAUACGGGUUCUUUGUCGCAUGAUGAAUUGGAGAGAGAGAUGAAUCGGUCUGUUCUCUUUUCACAAGCACCUGAUAUCAAUCUUCCGCUGUCGUCUGAGCCUAGCCCACCUCCCCCAGCUUGGAAUGAUCCGUGUGAUGUACUGGAUGUAUGCCUGGGGCCUCAGGUUUAUGAGGUUGAGACAACAAUUAAUGUCCCGAAAGUGGCACGGAAAUGCACCAAGCGUCUUGACAGCAUUUGGGGUGCCUGGUUUUUCUUUAGUUUUUACUUCAAGCCUGUUUUGAAUGAGAAAUCAAAGAGUAAGAUUAUUCGGGAUAAUAAUGGUGUGUCUGGGUACGAUAAAUCAGACCUACAGCUAGAUGCAUUUUUGGUUCAGCAUGACAUGGAGAACAUGUACAUGUGGGUUUUCAAGGAAAGGCCUGAAAAUGCGCUGGGUAAGAUGCAGCUAAGGAGUUACAUGAAUGGUCAUUCUCGCCAAGGGGAGCGUCCAUUUCCAUUUAGUGUGGACAGGGGUUUUGUUAGAUCACACCGUAUGCAGAGGAAGCACUAUAGGGGUCUCUCUAAUCCUCAGUGUGUUCAUGGGAUUGAAAUUGUUCGGUCCCCCAACCUCAAGGGUCUUGAUGAAGAAGAGAGGAAGAGAUGGAUGGAGCUUACAGGACGAGAUAUAAACUUCUCUAUCCCACUUGAAGCAAGUGAUUUUGGUUCAUGGAGAAACCUACAGAACACAGAAUUUGAGCUUGAGCGACCCCCUCCCAUAAAGAACAAUAUAAAUGCCCAACAAAGAAAAUUGCUUAAUGGUACCAAUUUGAAUUUGUCCACUCAGUCACCAGACCAUGGCAAUAGUGAUGUCAUCGAUCUUUCACCAGUAUGCAACAAACGGAAGAAGGAUUUGUUUUCCCAUGGGAAUGAUGAUGAUUGUUAUUUACCUAAUAAUGCACACUUUGACAGAGUUUUGGAAAUGAAAUUCCACCCAGUCGAGCCAACUUGGUUAAAUGAGUUUAGUGGGGUAAUGAAGAAUGUAUAUGGGCCUGUUACUGCUGCAAAAACUAUAUACGAGGAUGACGAAGGGUUCUUGAUCAUUGUUAGCAUGCCUUUUGCAGAUCUCCAGAGAGUAAAAGUUACCUGGAAGAACACUCACUCACAUGGGAUCGUAAAGAUAUCCUGUGCAAGUAAGGCCCGCAUGCCAUUUAUUAAGAGACAUGAUAGGACAUUUAAGCUAACUGAUCCAACACCAGAGCACUGCCCUCCAGGGGAAUUCAUCAGGGAAAUUCCCCUUCCAACCCGCAUUCCAGAAGAUGCUAAUCUGGAAGCUUACCGUGAUGAGACAGGAACGAUGCUUGAGAUUAUUGUGCCCAAACAUCGUGCAGGGCCAGAAGAACAUGAGGUCCGUGUAUGCCUUCGCCCUGCUCCAUGGAGUGGACGAGCAUACGUUGACCUGAAAGAGGCAUUAGUGUGAGGGAUGCCAGGAUGGUUACAGUGUUUGGUGCUUCAUUGUUUUCUAACCAUAUUCCAUAAAGGAAUUCUAUUAAAUUAGAUCUGCAUUUUUUUCAUGUCUCUUUUUCUCUCAUUUAGUCUUGUCUAUAAUUUUUAUCAGAUUUUUUUUUUAGUUGGUCUUCUAUACAGGUGACUGUAUGUUCAAUGUUUGACCAUCUUAGGCUUUACUGACAUGUCUCCUUAUUUACUUGACAUGCGUUAGAUGCCCCUAUGCUUGUUCUAAGCAUUUGGUUUUGUUGGUCACUUGACAUGUUUUGAAUUUGAAAUCUUGCUUUAUAAUUGGCUGGUUAUUACUUUUAUGAUUAUGUUUUUGACAAA